AGUACUCCAAUUUAGGACAAUAUGGCUAAGAACACUAGGUUUGUGGGUCUUGCAUUCAUUCUCUUGCUCACUAUAACCCUCACCACUGCCUCUAGGACUUUGCACAAUGUUAAACAUUCCAGUGCUGGUGGUGGCGGUGGCGGUGGCGGUGGUGGAGGGGGUGGAGGUGUUGGCAAUGGGUCUGGGUCUGGCUCUGGCUAUGGAUCCGGUUAUGGUGAAGGUGGAGGUGAAGGAGGAGGUGAAAGUGAAACAUAUGGCAGCGGUGGCGGUGGUGGUGGCGGGGGCGGCGGUGGUGGUGGAAAUGGUGGUGGCUCUGGCUAUGGACAUGGUUCUGGCUCCGGCUAUGGCUCCGGUGGUGGUGCUAACGGAGGAGGUUAUGGCCGUGGAGGAGGAGGAGGCGGUGGUGGCGGUGGAGGACAUGGAGGUGGCAGUGGCUCUGGCUAUGGCUUUGGCUCCGGAUAUGGUAGUGGAGAUGGGAAUGCCGGAGGAGGAUAUGGACAGGGCGGGGGUGGCGGCGGCGGUCAGGGAUCGGGAUCCGGUUCUGGCUCCGGCUAUGGUUAUGGUGAAGGUGGUGGUUAUGGAGGUGGUGGAGGUGGAGGAGGAGGGGGUGAAGGUGGAGGAGGAGGUGGAGGUGAAGGUGGUGGAGAAGGUGGUGGUGGAUCUGGCUAUGGAUCUGGGUCUGGAUAUGGGUCUGGGGGUGGUGAAGGCGGAGGAGGAUAUGGGAAAGGAGGUGGUGGUGGAGGUGGAGGUGGACAAGGUGGUGGCGGUGGAUCAGGAUCAGGAUCAGGAUCUGGAUAUGGGUCUGGGUCAGGAUCCGGAUAUGGAUCAGGUGGUGGGGGUGGUAAAGGUGGUGGUGGUGGUGGUGGUUCUGGCGGAGGACAUGGUGGUGGAAGUGGAUAUGGGUCUGGGUCUGGGUCUGGGUCUGGUUAUGGACAAGGAGGUGGAGGAGGACAUGGAGGUGGAGGUGGUGGAGGAAGAGGAUCUGGUUCAGGAUCUGGAUAUGGUGAGGGUGGGGGAUAUGGGAGUGGAGGUGGACAUGGACAUCCUUAGAGAAACCAUGAGUAGGAUGAGAAAUAAUUAAAACGACUGCUUUUAUGUUUAUGUCAUAUAAGAAAUAAAACUACUGCUUUUAAUUAUAUUAUGCUUGCUUUUCAUGGAGUUUUACCUUUUCUCCCCUUGAUGGACGCUGCAGUACAGAUUUAUAUAUUGAACUCAACCACAUAUAUAAAAUGGUGGUAGAAUUU